GCGCACCGCAUCAAACACUUUAUUUUCUGUUAGUGUUUAUUUUCUGUUAGCUGUGACCUGUGAGCUUUUUCGAGUCCAACAAAAAUGGCGGUAACGAAGCAACUGCCGGCAGCGGAAGAAGAGAAGCUGCUCAGGCAGAGGAACGAGGAGUUGGAGAGGGAGUUGAGGCAGAGCCAGGAGAGGGAGGAGCGGAUGAAGGCGGAGCUCCAGAGAGCCCGCGAGAGACUCCGAGUUGCCGAGGAGGCAGAAGAGCGUCUCUGCUCUCAGCUCGGCGAGCUCGAAGCCGAGGCCGUCGAUCAGGCGCGUACGGAUCACGCCCGAAUUCUGGCCCUCGCGGACCAGCUCUCGCACGCCCAGCGCCUCCUCCAGGCUUCCGCCAUUCCCCUGCCGUCGGGGCUCGCUUCCAAAUGACAGCCUGGCUGAAACAUUAGUUAGUAACCGUUUCCUCUUUUGUGAAAAAAAAAAGCUGUAAUUUUGUUCUAGUUUGUGUUGAGUUGUUGGUUGUAAUUAGAGUGGUACAUAGAAAUACCCGUCAUUGUGUCAGUAUCUCAAAUUAAUAGCGCAUUUUUUGU